AUGGCCAAAGAUCAGGUUCCGACGGUCGGCACGCUCGACAAGCCCGAGAGCCCUUACGAGCUCCUGAAGCAGGAUCGAGGCGAGGACUGCGGCAGCGCAUUCCUCGGCCUCGCAGCAUACAGCUACUUCUCCGGCCAGUCUCAACUCGAGCAGCAACGGGUGAAGAUCCUCGCGAGCAAGUCCAUGUUCGGCAUGCGCAGCCGCAGGUUCGGUAUCGCGGCUACGUCGAUGGGGCUGGCUUGGCUGGGCGUAUACAGGUUGUUCGUGUAG